UGGAAAUGUAAUUUCCUUUUUGUUCUCUCCGCUUUCCCCCUCUCUCGAAAUUGCGGAGGUUUUGCUCUCCACGGUUGGGCUUUGGAGAUUCGUGAAGGAGUGGUCUCUGUGUCCUUCGUUUCCUUACUGAGAAGUUUGAGGAGCGGAUCGGAGAUGGAUUGGACGAGCGAUAGCGAUAACGAUCCGAAGGAGGAGCUCGAGUGGGAGAGCGACGAAGAGCAGGGGGCAGCCGUUCGUCCUCCGUUGCCGUGUGAGAGCGCGGGUCCAUCUGAGGUUUGUGAGGCAGGUUCUUCUCGUCCUCAAUUGGUCUCUCAUUUUAUGGGAAUGGGUUUUUCUGAAGAUUUGGUGUUGAAAGCCAUCAAGGAAAAUGGUGAAGAAGAUUCUGAAGCUGUAUUAGAAACACUCCUUACAUACAUGGCUUUAGAAAAAUCUCCCCCAAAACAAAGUCAAAUUCAAGAUAAUUGGUCUUCAGCAAGUGAAGACGGUAACUUGGAUGAAGAUGUAGCUGAUGGAAGUGACUUCGAAGAUGAGGAUUUCACGGAUAUUUUGGCAGAAGAUAAGAAAUUUUUGACUUUAGUGGAGAUGGGCUUUUCCACUAAUGAGGCAUCUAAAGCGAUUAGCAGAUGUGGUCCAGAGGCUUCUAUUUUGGAGUUAGCAGAUUCUAUACAUGCUGCUGAGGUAGCACAAGAGUUUGACCGUCGUUUAAGACAAUCAACUUAUACCAAUAAUGAGCGUGAAAGAUAUGGCUGCUCAAGUGGUAAGAAAAGGAAAUUUGCAGAAGGAAAUACAAACAAAAGAAAACGCUCACCGACAGAAAAUGAUUCUUCAUUCUCUAGUUCGAUGUUUGGUACACCGAUGAUUGGUUAUGGCGUUCCAGGUCUUCCAUUGCCUAGAUUGUCUACUAGAAAGUUGCCUGAGUCAGCAGCUGGUCCACCUUUUUUUUAUUAUGAAAAUGUUGCCUUGGCACCUAAGGGUGUUUGGGACACUAUUUCGCGGUUCUUAUAUGAUAUUGAUCCCGAAUUUGUUGAUUCUAAAUUCUUUUGUGCUGCUGCUAGAAAAAGGGCCUAUGUCCACAACCUUCCAAUCAAUGACAGAUUUCCUCUGCUCCCAAUCCCUCCUAAGACAAUUUUUGAAGCAUUUCCAAUAUCCAGAAAGUGGUGGCCUUCUUGGGACCCCAGAACUCAGUUCAACUGCUUGCAGACUUGCAUUGGAAGUGCUAAAUUAACUGAGAGAAUCAGAAGAGCACUUGAAAAUUGUGAUGAUAUACCUCCCAAAAGUGUUCAGCAGUUUGUUAUUAAUGAAUGUCGAAAAUGGAAUUUAGUUUGGGUUGGACAUAAUAAAGUGGCUCCACUAGAACCUGAUGAAAUUGAAAUGCUUCUAGGAUUUCCCAAGGAUCACACAAGAGGGGGUGGUAUCAGUAGAACCGAAAGAUAUAGAUCUCUUGGGAAUUCCUUCCAGGUAGAUACUGUUGCUUAUCAUUUAUCUGUAUUGAAGGAUAUGUUUCCCCAUGGCAUAACUGUUCUAUCUUUGUUUACGGGUAUUGGUGGAGCUGAAGUUGCUCUCCACCGUUUGGGGAUACACCUAAAAACAGUUGUCUCAGUUGAAAUUUCAGAAUUAAAUAGAAACAUUCUCAAGAGUUGGUGGGAACAGACUAACCAAACAGGGACUCUGAUUGAGCUUGCUGAUGUCCAACAACUGAAUGGUGACAAGCUUGAGCAUUUGAUUUCCACUUUUGGUGGUUUUGAUCUGGUGGUCGGUGGCAGUCCAUGCAACAAUCUUGCUGGGAGCAACCGUCAUCAUCGGGAUGGCUUGGAGGGUACACAUUCGGCUCUUUUUUAUGAUUACUUUCGCAUCCUGGACCUAGUUAGAUGUAUAAUGGGUAAGAACGUCUGAUUCACUGACAAGUAUUCAUCUAUGACUCAAUCAAUGGCAUUGCAAAAUCCUCUAUA